AUGGGGAGAGGUGUUGAUGAUGGGUUACAAAGGUACAACAGUCAGGCCACAAUACACACAGGUCUGGACAUCAUCAUCGGGAUUUUGCAUCAGGGCUAUCCUCCAAGGCAACCUCUGCGAGAGGGGCGAUGGGUGAUAUCAGCACAGGAAGAAAACAAGACUGUUUUGAGCACAUUGGGCAAUCAGCGAAGCGAAGCGACUGAUGAACUAUCCGCAAAGCAAGGCCUGUUCAGUUCCAUCUGGCCCCGUUCCCCUCCCCCUCAUUAG